AUGAGUGAGAAGAAGCGCGAUGCGAUCGAGUUCUUUCCCCCCCCAGCACUGGUUGCUGUAGAGUACGAAAUAUACCAUUUUCUGAACAACUUCUCGCAGCCGUCCAUCUACCGGGGCCCCCCAACCCCCGAGAGAGAGGCUGCCUGGGAAGAGCUCACACAUGCUCCGGCGGUCAAUGUGUUCAUGGAUAAGCUUCCCCUGCUCAACAAAUCGGCCGAAGUCGACUGGGUCCGGUCACCCGAGGAGGCAGGGGGUGGUGCGGCAGCGCUGUUAGAAGUGGUGCACCAGCUGCACUGUUUGAGUAUGCUACGCAAAUGGUCGUACCGUGAAUGGUACGAAGAAGCGCCCCUCGAGUUUGACGGAUCCAAAGAUCUUAUGUGGGAUCAUAUUGAUCACUGCAUCGAGAUCCUCCGCGUGCACCUGAUGUGUACAAGCGAUGUGACACCAUUCCUGGCUAUUCGAGAUGAGACUGCACCCAUUGGGGAGCGGGCUGACUUUAAAUUCAUGCACAAGUGCCGCAAUUUGUCGAAGCUCAAGGAUUGGAUGUGGGAUAACAUGGCGUUGCCCUAA